AGCACGUUAGGUUCAGCCGGCGGUGUGAGUGAGCGCGGGCCAGGCUCGCACUCGGCUAUUGUUGCCAGGACAGCUCGUUACCGGGGGGCUGCCGGGACCGCGGCGAGAGACAGGCCCAGCGGCAGUCAUGAGCGGCGGGGUGUACGGGGGAGAUGAAGUUGGGGCUCUUGUUUUCGAUAUUGGUUCCUAUACAGUGAGAGCUGGCUAUGCUGGUGAGGACUGUCCAAAGGUUGACUUUCCCACUGCUAUUGGUGUGGUACUGGAAAGGGACGAUGGCAGCACCCUGAUGGAAAUAGAUGGUGACAAAGGCAAACAAGGGGGCCCUACUUACUACAUAGACACCAAUGCACUGCGAGUUCCAAGGGAAAACAUGGAGGCUAUUUCACCCUUAAAAAAUGGAAUGAUUGAGGACUGGGAUAGUUUCCAGGCAAUUUUGGAUCACACAUACAAGAUGCACAUUAAAUCUGAAGCAAGUUUGCACCCUGUCCUAAUGUCUGAAGCACCAUGGAAUACCAGAGCAAAGCGUGAGAAAUUGACAGAACUGAUGUUUGAACAUUACAAUAUCCCUGCUUUUUUCUUGUGUAAAACUGCAGUUCUUACAGCCUUUGCUAAUGGUCGAUCCACAGGCCUAAUUUUGGAUAGUGGAGCAACUCACACCACUGCUAUUCCAGUGCAUGAUGGAUAUGUACUUCAACAAGGCAUUGUAAAAUCACCCCUUGCUGGAGACUUUAUUACUAUGCAGUGCAGAGAACUGUUUCAGGAAAUGAACAUAGAGCUAAUCCCUCCAUAUAUGAUUGCAUCAAAGGAAGCAGUUCGCGAAGGAUCACCAGCAAAUUGGAAGAGAAAAGAGAAGUUACCUCAGGUCACGAGAUCUUGGCACAACUAUAUGUGUAAUUGUGUAAUUCAGGAUUUCCAAGCCUCUGUCCUCCAAGUGUCAGAUUCAACCUAUGAUGAACAGGUAGCUGCACAGAUGCCGACCGUUCAUUAUGAAUUCCCCAAUGGUUAUAAUUGUGACUUUGGUGCAGAACGUCUAAAAAUUCCCGAAGGACUAUUUGACCCUUCUAAUGUAAAGGGCUUAUCUGGCAACACAAUGCUGGGUGUUAGCCAUGUUGUUACCACAAGCGUUGGAAUGUGUGAUAUAGACAUCAGACCAGGCCUCUAUGGCAGUGUGAUCGUAGCAGGAGGAAACACUUUAAUACAGAGUUUUACAGACAGACUGAACAGAGAGCUCUCUCAGAAAACUCCACCAAGUAUGCGGCUGAAGUUGAUAGCAAACAACACAACAGUGGAGCGGAGGUUCAGUUCAUGGAUUGGUGGUUCAAUUUUGGCUUCUCUGGGUACCUUUCAACAAAUGUGGAUCUCUAAACAAGAGUAUGAAGAAGGAGGGAAGCAGUGUGUAGAAAGGAAAUGCCCAUAGACCUCACACUAUGAGAAACUGCUGCCUUCCCAAUGCUCCUUAUGUUUCAUAGCUUUAGUGUACUCAGGAAUGGGAUGGAAUCUUUUGUAGAAAGUUUAUACUGUUUUGGUUUUUUGCAUACUUCAAGAUCCAUUUUUACAAACCUUAGACAUUGUUUAAAAGGCCUAACUGGUCCUGUCACAGAAAAUGGAUGUUUCAUCCCUUGAAAUGCAAUAACUCUUAUAAGUAUUUUAUAAUUUUGUAUAAAUGUCUAUUUUCUCUAAAAAUCUUUUCCUGUGGGUAGCUUUACAGGUUAGCUGGUAGAUGCAAUACUUUGAAAUGCCCUUGCAUCAAAUUUAUUAAAAAAAUAUUGUCUACUUUUACAGAUUAGUCUUCCCUGUUGAUAUGCUGUCCUUAACAAAUUACUCUAAUUUGUCUUUUAAAAAAAAUAAAAUGGUCCUGUUUUCACAUUUUGAGCAACACUGUUUUUCAGCAAGUAUUCAUACUCUUCUGUAAUUAAUAAACAAUCCAGAUGGAAAA